AUGAAGCAAGACGAUGUUAUUGCUGAAUUCAAGCGAUAUGUCGAUCAGUACGUCAUCGAUCACAAAUGCUACGGCAUGCGAGGUUACGAGGAUGAGCCGGUGGCAUUUGUUCCGCGAUGUGCGCUGGUGACUUUCUGGACGACGGACAACGUGAGACGCGUUUUUUACAGUCGAGAAGACUGGAUCAGAGACAGCACUUCCACUAUUCAGGCACAUUACCUCCACGUUUUCUCCAUUCUCGUCUACAUGUCGCAGCCUCAGCACAUAUCGCUGUUCACAGAGUGUUUUAUCAAAGACACAUCAUUGCCACUGGAUGAGACACGGUUCGCAUUUCUCGAGGGAGAAGAGAAAAGAAUCUUUGAGGAGUUCCACAAGGAACAGUGGAGAUUCUACCCCUUCUUGUUCGAAACUGAAGGAGGGCCCAAACAGCGUAAACUACAUCUUCCACCACUACAGAUCAUUCCUAUCAUCUCGAAGGACCCGAUCAAACAUUCAGGGGAUGUUCAAGACGAUACCGUUUGCGUUUACCGAGUGAAAUUGCAUCCACUUUGCUUUGCUCAGCAGGAGGUAGUUUUCAAAAUCUAUCGCGAUGUUGACUCGGAGGUCAAUCAAAGUUACGAGAACGAAGUAGACAUGUACACACAGCUCGAUGAACAAGCGUCAUCAUAUGAUUCCAUCAUCAGAUACUUUGGCUCAUUCGAGAUUCCUGGUUUCCGUACUAUAGUUCUCGAGUAUGCUUCAGGCGGAAACUUGAAAUCUUUCUUCGAAAGAUACCCUCCUCCUCUGGCUCACUCAGAUCGCAUCCUCUUCUGGGACAAUCUCAUGGGUCUUUUGGGUGGCCUAGAUGCAAUACACAAUCUCAGGAAAAGCCGAGGGGUUAAGGGAGCUUGGCUACUCACAGGAACUCAUCAGGAUAUCAGGCCGCAGAAUAUUUUGGUCUGCCCUGGUACCUCUGACAACAUAUCCAUAUAUGCUGCAAAAUUCAAAUUCGCAGACAUGGGGACUGGCCAUAUUCACAGAGCCAGACACCAGGGAUUAGGAUUGAAUGCCCAAGACCACUCAGGGAAUGGGAUGUAUAGUGCUCCAGAAGCAUACAGAGAUCAUGGCGACUCAACCACAAUCCAAUGGGAGAGCGACAUUUGGUCCCUUGGAGGGGUCGCCAGCGAAGCUUUGGUCUGGACGAGAUGGGGCGAGUAUGGGCGCAUCAUGUAUCAGAAAGACCGAGUGCUCGAAACUCGUGAAUCUCCCUUAAACGGCGGAUUUCACGAGGGAGCUUUUUAUGACGGAAACCCGUUCGGAGCAUGCCUUCUGAAUGCGGUGGACUCAUGGCAUAGUAAAGCUAUCAGCUAUGCCGGUGAGGAGUCUCAAUGGCUUUCAGAAAUCUUUCUCGUGGAUGACUCGAGGUCGAUGAUGCCUCACAAGAAGAAGGUGGCCACAAGCUGCCAAGUUCUCUCGUACUUACUCAAAAAGGGAGGAGUCGACCCGAAUGCAACCUUUGAAGUCUACUUCACCUCAUCUUGUCAUCCAAUCCAGUCGACUAGAACCUCAAAGCUCAAAGAAAGCAUAGAGAAUAUGGAUUUCCUUGAAGAACAAUGCAACAUGGGCCCAAGUUUGGACGAGGUGGUCAGCAAAGCUAUAGUGAAUCCCAAGCCGGUCAGCAUAUACGUGUUGACAAACGGUCACUGGAACCUUAGGAACCAAGACAACUUCUGUGGUGUCGAUGGACCUAUCAGACGCCUGGUGACCCAUCUUAAACAGGCCAAUGCUCAACAGAACUGGAUCGGUGUUCAGUUUAUUCGCUUCUUUCUCGACCCGGCCACCGCUGCUGAUAGGAUUGGGGAGACUCGGUUGAAAGCGUUAGACGAUGAUUUGAAGAGAGAGACUGGAAUGUAA